GUCCCCAGGGCUGGCCAGGGAAUGAACCGCGAGGGGGCUCCCGGGAAGAGUCCGGAGGAGAUGUACAUUCAGCAGAAGGUCCGAGUGCUGCUCAUGCUGAGGAAGAUGGGAUCAAAUCUGACGGCCAGUGAGGAGGAGUUCCUGCGCACCUAUGCGGGGGUAGUCAACAGCCAGCUCAGCCAGCUCCCCCAGCACUCCAUCGACCAGGGUGCCGAGGAUGUUGUGAUGGCGUUUUCUAGGUCGGAGACGGAGGACCGGAGGCAGUAGCGGUGAACCCCCUGGAACACCCUGGAAGCUGGCAAGGGCCAAGAGAUCUGUGAGGACCUCGGCCAGCUGAGUGGCAGCAGAUCACCUUCCCGAUUCCCCCGCCCCUACACCCCC